GAUGUGACCUUGUUUGAUUCAAUCUGGACAAUCGACUACACAAUAACAAAAUGAUUGCUUUAGAAGCGGAACAGCCUAUGCCGGCAGAGGAACGGGUGCCGAAAGCGGAGCCGACUACCUCACAGCGAACACUGACUCGGUCGAGCGCAGUCAGCCAGAAAUCCGUCGAGAUAAUGGUCCAUCCUGAAGGGUCGAAUAACCCACUGCACCGAUCAAAACUGGCCCCCGUACGGUCAUCAUCGGAGACCCAGUCAUCCGGAAAGAAAAUACUUAACCUAAGAAAGACGAAGAACUCUUCAAUAGAAUCUACUAUGAGCUUACCGAACCAGAAAUCGCUGGAGAAGAAGCACGGGGGACUAAGGCAUCAGAAGGCGGUUGGAGCCCACUCAGACAUCACGCUGAGCACGCAAACAUCAAUAACCGACGACAGGAAGGCGCUGAGAGAGGCGCUGUACCAGGGUAUUUUCCACCGGCACAGGAGGACAAUAUUCGCGGUCGGCUCCUUCCUCAGGAUGUUGAGAAGCAAGACUUCGAACUACGAUUCGAUACGGUCGGACUCAGACGAAAUAUAGCACCGCGUUAAUUAGUGCAUUGGAAAUUAUGGUGCCAGACUGAUUGUGCUUUUAGUAUGGAAAUUAGAAUGUUAUUUAGAUGAUUAAGGACAUGUUACGUUUCUUUUGUAUUAAAAUGUUCCUAAUUAGUUGUGGAUUCAUUUGUGCAAACCCCGCUUGGACAUAUACGUAGCACGCGGUUACUGUUAUUGGAAACUGGAGUAACAUUUAUUACACUUUUUGCACGUUAAUUGAUAAUUUUGUUUUCACAUAUAGCAACAUAACCGUGUUUAGCAAAAAAGCUAGUACCUAUCAACGUAAAAUAAUUUCUUACAAUAAUUAGAUUGUAACAUAAACAGGUUGUAUCGAAUUUAUGAAGCCAAUGUUCCUUCUAUUUUUAUCUAUUACAAAAAUCUAAUUCAGUAAAUUGUAUGUAAAAGCCACGAUCAUUGUAGUAAUGAUGUUUUAAUUACUGCUAUUGAAUUUCGACCUUUACCGAUCAUUGUAUUUUUUAUAAUUAAUGGGUUGACAUCGAAGAGCUUUAACGGACUUCAAAACUUGUAUUUAACUUUUUAAAAUAACUCAAAAUUAGUUGGUAAUUAUUUUAAUAACCCUAUCUAACUGUAAUUCGAAUAUAAAUAUGAAGAUAUAUUGGGGAAUUAGAAAUAAAUAUUUUGACGUAGGUUUUGUUGCAACAAAUAUGUUGUUUGUGAAAUAGUGUAACUUAUUUGAAGAAUGCUUUCAAUAAAAGGAUUUUCAAAUUAUUAUUCGCAAAUUCUAUUUCUUUAAAUUAAGCUGAUAUUUAUAAAAUCUAAUCUAAUACUGUUAUAUUUUUGAGCCUAUCUCCGUCCGUCACCACAAAUAUUGGAAGCUGUUAUAUUUUUCAGCUCAACUUCGAUUGCCUAAAACCGAACCAAAUUUCAUACCUACCACUAACCUUUUCAAUAAACGAUCCUAAUCAUUAAAACGAUCCGUUGAAGAUAAUAAACCAAUCAAAUAAGUCAUUUGAAGCAUAAUCCUUUGUUCUGAUUGGUUCAUUUUCGCGAUGGAUUGAAAAAAAUUAGGAUCGCUUACUAAAACAGCGGUAAACCAGUCGUUAAACUAUCAAAACUAAUCAAAAUAUACUAGAAAUAAAAAGCCGACAGAUGAGGGAUAUUAACAUAUCGCGUGACACGCACAAGGUCGUCUCCUUACCUUCACCUUGGAUUAACAGCAAAUCCAAUGAAAAUUCUUCAAGUAAGUACGCAGGCUUUCUUAUAUUACAGAAAGUUUAUUUUAAAUACAAAUUACGUUUAUGUAGAUUGCAGGAUUAGACUUAAUUUGUUUAUUAUGAACAUUUUUUAAGGUACACAACUUUAUCGAUUAGUUUUUUCUUUAGAUAUUACCGUAAUUCUACAAAUAAACAAUUUAAAAUUUAAACAAUCAAUGAUAUUGCCCAAUUAAAUAUAAAUAGAAAAUUAAAAACCAAACUUAUAAAAAGUAAAGUAAUACUACAAUUAGAAUUUCACCCUCUAAAAAGUCGGGCAAAGUUAACCGGUGUUAGCUAAUUGAGGAUUAGGUAAUUUUGUUACAACUUUUUAAUUACGGUAUUCGUGUAAAGGAAAUAUUUGUGGAAGUUUUAAAUGCCUUUAUAUUCGUUUAAGUUCGCUUUAGGGUUUGAAGUUGACAUUUUUAAGUAAUAUGAGGCGCAUUAAUUAUUUUGUUAUAUUUUUCCAAAGUAUGCAGCUAAUCUAGAAUAUAAUCAAAACAUACUUUAGGUAAUACAAACAUUAUAACACAAAAGUAUAAUUACUGUUGCGUGAUAAUUUUUGUUUUCUAACUGAAUAAAUGUUACUCCAAUGUAAUUCUAAUAAAUAAAAUACUGUUUACACUAAAAUCUAAAAGAAGUAUUGCAAUGGUAUCAGAUAAAUGCCAAAUGAUUUUUUUUUACUCUUGGUCCGUUUUUGUACAUAUUCAAAUAACGAAUUAAUUCCUUAAUCGAAAUUGACCAUUUGCAAUAUUUCUUUUCGGAUUAAAUAAUUGUAUCAUCUUAACUCGUAAGGUCAUAGAGCUUAUACACUUAGUGAAUAUAUUAUAUACAAGUAGAUUUUUACUUUAUUUGCUAAUACAUUGUUGCUGUAUGGAAUCCGUCACACAAAAUAUAUUUAUUUCGCUGCCUUAUAUAAACAAUGACGAAUGAAAUUUUUAAGAUUGGUUUUCUUGAUACUUCAACAGGGGACCGGCCUAUGCUUGAUUGUGUACAUUAUUCUAUAUGUAAUGGUUAAUAAUACGAAAAAGAAGCACUCCUGCGAAAACUGCAUAACAAUUGGUUAAAAGAUGAGCGAGUAAUUCAUAUUUAAAAUAUUGUAACGUGCAGAAGUGGGCGCGAUGUGGGGAUAUCGCUUCAUCUCUUUUUUUCGCACGCGUCGUAAUUCCCGAUGACGUCACAUGUGGAUAUUUCGUCUCUUUUCUGUUUCUUGUUAAUUACCCCUUCCACCGAAAUUCAAAGACUUAUAACUUGUUGAUUUUUUACCGGAUUUUAAUAAUUCCUUCUGUGUUAUAAUUUAUAUUAUGUAAAUAUUUGAUAAUAGUAAAGAACAAAAAUGAGUCCGGUACCGUAUUGAGUUAAAUUGGACGGAUCAUUGAAAAAUGUCAUUCUGUUAUGUUGUUUGACAUAUAUAAUACUCAACUCAGGGGCCUUGUUCUCUAUCCCGCACGUUAUUUUGACAGUGCGUAACAAGCACGUAACACAACGCAUCAUGUUUAGGACUAUAGAAAUUUGGCUUACAGAAUGCCAUUCCACGCACAUUUCUCGAAGAUAACAUGACACGGCCGCGUUACGCGUUUACACUAUCAUACAGAAUAAGGGCCCUGAUCGAUUAAAGUCUUGUCUAUUUUAUAUGUUAUCUAUUAUAGUUAUUUGGCUUCCAUGUUUUUUUAUGAAUAUUUUCUGUGACGGAUUGCACACUUAGAUGUUAGGGGCGAUGGCAAUUGAUCGUUGAUGUACAUAAAUAUAAAUGAUUUAUUAUACCCUCUCGUUGGUAAAAUAUUAGUUCCACAUGUUAAUUAAUAAUAUCUAUAAGUAUGAUAUGUAAAAAUAAUGUUUGACACCGCAAACAAUGACAUUCGUUGUACCUACAAUUUUUUAAAUUUAUGAAUGUAAUUUUUUAUCCUAAUUUCUGAACUGUUCAUUUAUUUUGUUAGUGAAGUAAAAAGUCUUAAAUUAAAAUAUCGAAUUUAUUGUAAGUAAAUUUUGGUUCAGGCAACAUUGUUUUUGUUUCGGAUAGAGUGGGUGUAAAUCAUUUAUAUGUAUGUGAGAUAUGUUUUUGGAACAUUUUAUGCACUUUUUAUAUAUUUGUACAUCCGUGAGUAUUUUGUACGACAUGUUGUCAAAUGUGAGUUCGUAGACGUUAGAGAAAAAUGGCCCGGUGACUCGCUAGCCGUUGGUUCGAUUUUGGCAUCAAUUUUAGAGCAAGUUCGCAAUAACAGAUAACUGGAUAGGCAAAAUUAUAAGUCGAAAAUUCAACCUAUCGUGUUAUGGUAACUAUGCAUUCAUGUGUUUUUUCCUUUAAGCAGUCUUAUUUCACAGGGUUUUACCUCUAUCAAUAACGCAUUAAAUACUUUAGAGGUCACUAGAUAAACAAAUGAAAACUUAAUUUAUAUAGUAUUCUGAUUUCAAAUAUAAAAAUAUUGAUACAAAUAGAGCUAACUUUGCUCCGAAGUGAAUAUUUUGCAGAUUCAAAAACCAAAAUAGAGUUUUACUUAUAAAAGUGCCACGCUCGUGACGUCAUUGUGCCAUUUAUUAAAUAUACGAUUUCACGUAAACAUGAGCUUCAUAAUUUUAAUUCUAGCCUAGCUUUUGUAUUAGUGGAAAUAUUAUGAGCGACAAUAGAUGUGAAAGGACAUUGGCGAUACACAACAAAAGAAUCUAAAUUAUUGUUUGUAUAGCUGUGGAAAUAAACUAAAUUGAAAUAUAAAAUUAUCAUUGUAUCUACAUAGUAUUUACAAUUUCAAAUCUCGCAUUUUUUACAAAAAAAAAACAAUCAAUUGAAAAAAAUAUGUAUUAGAUAUUUCUUUAUGAAUUUUGGUAGUAUCUUACCUAAUAUAAAAAUAAGGCUUUUAAAAGAAAAUUUUAAUUUGUACACUUUAUUCUUAAAAUUAAAAGUGACCUGUCGAGUCAAAUUAUGACAAAUAUUUUUUUUUCUCCAUAGAUUAUAGAUCAUGAAACAUUUUCCCGCCAAUGUUCUUCGUAGCCAUAUUUUACGUUUUGUUUUUAUAGUUUUGUAACCUAUUUUAAUAUUAAAGUUUUCAUAGAGUGUGUAUUUUUUGUUUAAAAUAAUACAGGGUGUAUGAUACAAAAUUGUACCGAAAUUUCAAUGUAAUACCCGAAAUUUUUAGAAAAAAAUUAAGGUUAAAUACUUUAUUUUUAUUGAACCUAAUGUGAAUCUCAUCGGGAAUAUAUUUUAUUUAAAAAAAUACGCGUAGAUAAAGGAACGCGUUUUAUAAAUGUUUUUUUUUUACUUUUUAUUGGCAAGCAUAUUAAAUUGUAGAGUGCAGCUCUUAUUAAAAUCGGAUUGUUAUUUAAUAUUUUAAUUUUGUUAUGUAAGUAAUAUUUGUAUAGUUUAUAAUUUUAUAUAAGACGUGUACCCAAGUAGUAAUAAGUUUCUGUUAAACCAUAGGUAGAGACCAAGUUUGGAUAAAUGUAUUAUUUUGUGCAACAAUUCGUACUUGUAUUGAGUUUAUUUAAUAAAUAUUCAACGUAAAAAUGGAAGUAAAUAUAACUCGUUAUGGACUAAUUUUUGUAAGACAUUUAUUUAUCCGAAUUCAGUCUCUACCAGUAAACCUAAAUUGUAAAAUAUUUAGUUUAAAACAAUCUUACUUUCCUUUACUGUAACUAAGAGACAUUCCUUCGAAAAUGUAAUUAAAUCGGUCCGAUGAGAAAUAAUUGAAAAAAUAAAUAAGACUGCAUAAAAAUUAUGAAAUAUUAGCUGGUAAACAAAUAGUAGUCUUCUAUGUUGAUGAGUACAGUAAUUGCAUUAUU